GAACAUUGAUUACUGAAGCAUAUCUUUUCAUCCCAAAUGGUUCUCCUCAAACUCCCUGACACUGUCUCCAGCUACGGCCACGGUUUGCCGGUAUUUUUCCCUUUCAUGUUCCGAUGAUGUGUGCCCUCCAAUUCCCUUAGUUCUGACAUUUCCAAUUUCUGCGUGUUUGUCUCAAUUAAUUGACCACCUUUUUCUCUUUCAUCAAUGGAUCUCUCAGAUGAAACUGUCACCCCAGCGAGUUUUAAGGAUGAAAAAGAAUCCUUGAAGAAUGACUCUGCAAUUGGCAGCAAUGCUUAUAAGGAUGUGACAAAUGAUAAAACCUCUGAUCUUCAACCUGUGCCAUCUUACUCUUCUGGUAAAGGUUUGCCAUAUGCACCUGAAGGGUGGCCUAAUGCUGGUGAUGUAUGGGGCUGGAGAGUGGCGGCAAGGACUGCCAAGGGUGGAUAUUUUACCGACAGAUACCUUAUCCCCCCAGCAUCUCUUCGGAAGGGUUCUCGCAGGCUAGAGUUUUCAAGCAAGACUGCUGUCAGUAGAUAUCUUCACUCAAAUUUUCCUGACAUGAGAACUGAAGCAUUCUUUGCUUUGUUUACCUGGCUGAUUCCCUCAGCUGAGCAAACCCCCACAAAAGAGACAGUACAAGAUGAUGAUACUGGCACCCUGAGAAAGUCAAAACGGAAAACUGAAAGUAGCGGUGGCCUGACUAAAAAUAGUGGUGGCCCGACUAAAAGUAGCGGUCGCCAGUCUAAGAAACGGUUCGCCCUAGUUCCUGUCGGCUCCCUUGUAACACCUCUACAAGUUGCAAAUUUCGAUAGUUAUCUUGAUAACUUGGAGGACAUGCUUGAUAUACCUCUUACUGAAACGACAGCAUCGGAUCACCCUACUAAUGCAGAUAUUGAAUCGAUAGAGUCUUGCAAGAAGAAGCUUUCUUCCCUUCUUGCUCUAGAUUUCCCUUCAUUGGUCUCAAGCAAUGAUGUUGCAGAAGUUGCAAUACUUGCAUCGCAAAUUCGUGAAGAUCCCAAUCUCACCGUUGAUCAACUGUUCAAGUUAAAAUUGGUGGAACAAGUUCCCUUGGCUGCUGAGGCCUUCCUUGAGGCCAAGGAGAGCAUCGAAGAGGUAGACAAAGUCAUGGCUGAGCUAAUGGCAAAGAAACUCAGAAUUCCCAGUCUCAAAAAAAAGUACAACGAUUUGAAGGAAAAAAUGUCUGAGAGAGAGGCUGAAAUGGACAUAAGUGCUUUAUCUAUCACAGAAAUUGAUGAUCAAAUUCGGCAACUUGAAGCAAAACGGAAAAGGAUAUCUGGUGCCCUUGAAACCAUGCAGAAGGAUAAAGAUAAGAUCAGUUCUGAGCUAUCAAACGUUACCGACUCGAUUUCAACCCUUGUUCAUGAGAUUCAGUAUGGAAUAUCCCAGAAAUCAAAAUGGGAUAUGAGGAAAGCCAACAAUGUCCGACGUGUAGCUGAGAUACAAGAAAAGUUUCUGACUUUAAGAGGGUUAACGUUUUAGUCAAACACCUGUGGUGUUUUUGACUGUGUUAAGAACUCUUUAGCAUGAUAACUAUCUAUGCCAGUGAUGUAUGUAAUGUAUUAAGGUAUGUUUCUAACUAAUGGGUCUGCAUCUUUCUGAUAUGUGGUAACUUCUGUAUUCAAGUUAAAACUGCACAUGGACCUCUUUUGCCGAUCCGUUUAUUUUA